AUGCCCGCAGCAAGCGCACCCCAGCGCCGCUGCCUCGAGUCGCAAUGCUUCACGCCGUCCGCCAGCCAGCCGUCGGCUGACGAAGUCGCCAAAGCACGCGCCUACUGCGCCCACCUCGUCCGGACCCACGACGCGCCCUCGCACGUGCUGCAGACCUUCAUCCCCCCCGCCGCCCGCGAUGCCCACCUCGCCCUCCGCGCCUUCAACAUCGACGUCGCCCAGGUCGCAGACACCACGUCGACCCCCACGGUCGGCAUGAUGCGCAUGCAGUUCUGGCGCGACGCCAUCGCAAAGGCGCUGGCAGGCACCCCGCCCAAAGAGCCCGUCGCCAUUCUGCUGGCCAACGCCGCAGCCGACCUGCACGCCCGCUCGCAUGGCAAGGCGAAGCUGUCCAAGAACUGGUUCCACCGCGUCAUCAACACGCGCGAGCAGCACCUCGGCAACCCGCCCUAUCCCACCCUCAGCAGCCUCGAGUCGUACGCCGAAAACACAUACUCCACGCUCAUGUACCUCACGCUGUCCGCGCUCCCCCAGGCCUCGCUGACCGCUGACCACAUCGCCUCGCACAUUGGCAAAGCCGCCGGCAUCGCCGCCGUGCUGCGCGGCAUCCCCUUCGUCGCCUUCCCCCCGCAGCAGCCCACCAUCAGCGGCACCGCGGGCCAAGCGCAGGGCGCCGUGCUGCUGCCUCUAGACGUCAUGGCCGACGCCGGCGUGAAGGAGGAAGCCGUCUUCCGGGAAGGCGCCGCCGCCCCCGGCCUCCGCGACGCCGUCUUCGCCGUCGCCACGCGCGCAAAUGACCACCUCAUCACCGCCCGCGAGAUGCUGUCCAAGCUGCGGUCCGAAGGCUCCGUGGGGCACGACUUCGAGCACGGCGACGACGCGGAGCGGGGGUUCGAGUAUAGCAGCGAAGCUACGGGCCAGGAGAAGCAGUUGGCCGAGGUGGAGCAGGCGUUUGGCGUCUUCAUGCCCGCGAUUGCGACGCAGAGCUGGCUGGAUCGCCUGCAGAAGGCCGACUUUGAUCUGUUCGACCCCGAGCUGAGGAAGGUGGACUGGAAGCUGCCCUGGAAAGCGUACUGGGCCUACAGUCGGCGGAAGUUGUGA